AUGCGGCUGUCGUUCAGCGUGGUCAUUUCCGCCCUUGCGGCGGCCACGUCGGCGCUGAGCACCACAGGUCCCCGACUGCUCGUCGUUCUAGACGACGUGGCUGAUAAGGCGGCCUAUGGGCAAUUCUUUGGUGACCUGGCCGCCCGCGGCUUCGACAUCAACUACGAGACACCCAGAAGCGAGAAGCUGAGUCUGUUUGAUCUUGGCGAGCGCAAAUACGACCACCUCAUCUUCCUACCCACAAAGGUCAAAGCCAUCAUGCUAACCCCCGCCACCUGUACCGCAGCCCUCGGCCCCAACCUGACCCCGAACCUGCUCGUCGACUUUAUCAAUGCCCAAGGCAACAUCAUGGUGGGCCUGUCCUCGACGACGCCCACGACGAGCUCCCUCGUGUCCCUUCUCGCCGAGCUCGACGUGUCCCUGCCGGUCGAGCGCACCGGCACCGUCGUCGACCAUUUCCACUACGACACCCUGUCCGCCCCCGAGACGCACGACGUGCUCGUGCUCGACACGCCGGCCCUCAACACCCGCGCCGGAAUCAAGGCCUACUUUGCGCUCGGCGGCGACGACGCCGUCCUCGCGGUUCCGCACACGGCCGGCCACGUCCUUGGUAACAGCCACCUGCUGACGCCCAUCCUCCGCGCGCCCGACACGGCGUACAGCUACAACCCGAAGGAGCAGGCCUCCACCGUGGAACCGGACGAGCUCUUUGCCGCCGGCCGGCAGCUCGCGCUCGUCUCGGCCCUCCAGGCCCGCAACUCGGCCCGCCUGUCCGUCGUCGGCGCCGAGAUGCUCCAGGACAAGUGGCUCGAUGCCACCGUCGCCAAGGUCGACGGUGCCAAGACCAAGACGCAGAACAAGGAGUUUGCGCGCCGCCUCUCGGGGUGGACGUUUCAGGAAAUUGGCGUGCUGCGCGUCAACGAGGUCGAGCACCGCCUAGUCGGAAGCGACGAGCCCAACCCGAGCCUCUACAGAAUCAAGAAUGACGUGACAUACUCCAUCUCGCUGUCCGAGUACAGCUGGGACAAAUGGGUGCCAUUUGCCCUGCCCGAGCAGGACGCGCUGCAGCUCGAGUUCUCCAUGCUGUCGCCUUUUCACCGUCUCAACCUGGCGCCCUUCGGCCAGACGGCCGACGCCGCCACGUACGGCGUGCAGUUCACGACGCCCGACCAGCACGGCAUCUUCAACUUCCUCGUCAACUACAAGCGGCCCUUCCUCACCAGCAUCGAGGAGAAGCGCACCGUCAGCGUCCGCCACAUGGCCCACGACGAGUGGCCGCGCAGCUACGUCAUCUCGGGCGCCUGGCCCUGGAUCGCCGGCAUCGCCGCCACCGUGUCCGGCUUUGUCGCCUUUUCCGCGCUCUGGAUGUACAGCAAGCCGACGGAUGCGACAAAAAAGAAGCAGUAG